AUGCCGCCCGUGCAAAGGACCUUCCAGCUGGUGCCCGAAGUGGCCAAGCCCAUGUCCCGACCUCCCAUGACAAGCAAGGCCGCGAAAAAGGCCUACAUGAAAGCCAACCAGGGUCCGAAGGUGUCUAGAGCCGAGCAGAGACGACUAGACAGGGAGGCAGUGGAGAAGACGAAUAAGGAAUAUGAGAAGGAGAAGGCUGCUGCUAAGGCGAGAGCUGUGAGGGAGAAGAAGGCUGCGAAGGCUCUUGCUGAGAAGGAGGAGAGGAGGAGGAAGGGAAUACCCGAACCAAGUCGAUUCGUUAGAGCCAGCCAGCCGACUAUUUCGCGCUUUAUUAGACCUGGAAGUAAGAGAACAAGAGAAGAUAUGGAGAAUUUAGAUGAGGACGAGGAAGCAGAAGACACACCGGCAGAGGAUGAGGCUUUUGAAACCAUCUUGGAGGAGUCGAAUAUGGAAAAGUCUGAGGAGCCUAAAGAUGGAGAUGCGCCGGUCGGGAAAUUUGUCAGCUCAUCAGCCAACAUGGAACCUCCGGCAAAAAAAGUGGCAAUGACGAUGGAAAUAGAGUCCGAGGAUGAAUUUGGAGACUUCCCAUCAUUGUCGCAGACAGAUAUACUGCAGAAAGUAGACAGCCCAAGUGUUUCUUUCAAUCAGGAUGAGGCAGUCCCACAUCUAGUGCAAAAGGAACCCACGGAGUCUGGCUCAGAUGACUUUCCUACCCUUUCCCAAUGCGAAAUUCUAGAGAAAGGAAAUCUUCCGCCUGGAGCUAUUACGAUAUCUCGAAGUUGUACUCUCAAUGCUGGGAGGCCUUCAAGAUCGCCUUCGCCUGGAAAGGUUACGCAAGAAAAGUCGAAGCUGAUUACGAAUUCAAACUUAUGUGGCGAGGUUUCAUUUGCUGAGUCUCAGUUGCUGGUUGACAUGGCGCAAACCCAAAUCCCCCCAAAGCUCUCCGAAAAUGAGGCAAGAUCUGAUGGAGUGAAGUCUGUGGAAAAUAUGCAGCAACCCGCAAUAUCCCUAGAUAGCACUCCACAAUCUAUCAAUGUGAAUGCGCCGCUAAACACCGUCAGCGAUCAAAAGCCUUAUACAAGUCAUGCGAUAACAUAUCCCCCUAAGCAAUCAUCGACCCCUCGCACAGCCAAUAUGCCUCCUCCAAAGUUUUUGCCACCUAGACAUCCCCUACACGAUCGUUCAGUAAAUAGCAUGCCGCCACCAGCAUUACCAAAACAGAACCAGGCAAAAUCUGUUUCCUCGUUGGGCCCAACCUCUAGAUUCUCAAGCCGAAACACAUCAGUGCGAGGAUACAGAUCUCCAGCACCAAACCUACCGCCGACUCCCACUCAAGCAUUCCUUGAAAACAACCUAGACGAUUUCUUUCCUAGCCCAAGUCAAGAAAUUCGCGAGUUGCUUGAUGAUAUGGAUGAUUUGCCAUCUAAUACACAAAUUGCCCAGGAGUUGAGUCCUGUAAAGCAAAUAUCAAAGGAAAGCAAUGAUUCGUUCAAGGUCCUAAUUUCCACACCGGACUUUGCAACAUCAUCUGGAGAUAUGUGUCAGUUGAAUACGCCGAGUCGACCACCCAACCAGAUGUUCAAUCUGAGACGAGAUUCAGCGCUGCCAGGAAAAUAUAGCAAAGAUCUCAACCAGCCACAUCCAUAUCCUCGCAGCCCGCUCAUGAAAGAAAACACUAUGAAGCCUCCGCCAGUUCCUUCGAAACGCAUGGAAUGGACACGUCCCAAACCUUUCAUCGCAACUGCUAAACCAGUUACCACCUUCCAGAUCCCUCAUACAGAAACUACGACUCGGACCCCACUACGAACAUCCGCUUUAGCAAGAUCUCAGAAUGCAAAUACAACUACUCCCACGCCUGUUAUACGCCUUCCCCCGACCAACGAAAAAAUCAAAUCCUCAUCUCCAAAACCUCCUCCAAUCCCGCCCAAGACGCCCCUCUCACCCCCACCAAAACGCCGUUUCUUCGAAGAAAAAGAGGAAGACCUCCUCCACGGCGCCCUCUGGGAAAGCCGCCUAGAAGCCCGCGCCUUAGAGAAAGCCCGUCAACAAGCCGAAGCCCAAACUUCCGCACGAAAAAAAGCCCAAGCUCGUCAAGGCGAAGGACUUCUCCAACGUGCGGUCCGAGAAGCCGAAGCACGUCAAGAGCAACAACAAGCAGCACAGAACAAAGCCGCGAAAGAAUCUCCAUCGCAGAAUAAGAGGACACUGCAGCGAGCUGGCUCAGCGACGGAUUAUGGCGAUGAUGAGUUUAGUGGGUGUUCGCAGGAGUUACUUGCGUUGUGCUGUUAA